UUUUUAUUCGCUAGCACAUUUCUAGUAGGUUCAUUGAAUAAACAGGACUUCGGACAAGUGACAACUGACAGUUGACAAUUCUGAAAGGACUAUCGACAGGCGACAGCACAUGUGUUUAUUUCAUUCCAGAAAAAUAUUAUUACUUUUGAAAAAUUGCAAUAAAAAUAUGGUUGUGUUUACUUGCGGCCACUGCGGAGAAUCUGUUCAAAAACCGAAAGUUGAGAAACAUUAUUUGACAAAAUGCAGAAACAAGAACCCGAACUUAUCGUGUAUGGACUGUUUUAAGGAUUUCCUGGGAAAUGAUUAUGAGUCGCACAUAAAAUGUAUAACUGAAGAGGAGCGUUAUUCAGGGAAAGGUUUUCAAGCCAAAGAAAAGAAAGGUGAGAAGAAGCAAAAUGCUUGGGUGGAAAUGUUGCAGGCUGUGCUUGAUGAACAGAAGGAUGCAUCCAAAAAUGUUUUGCGCAUAAUUGAGACUAUCAGUAAACAUAACAAUACUCCUAGAAAGAAGCCCAAAUUUAUCAACUUUGUUAAAAAUGUUUGUGGACAUAAAACAAACCCGAAGGACAUAGAUGCAGCUUGGGACCUUAUUUCUGUAAAACUAGCAGAAUUAUCUAAAUUGAAUUCACAAAAUCAGAACCAAAUAAAAAAAGAAAAUGACUCCAAAACUAAUGGAACUGAUGAUUCUUCUAAAACAACUGCCAAGACAGAGAAUGGUCAUGAUGAUAUUAAAACAGAAAAUGGAAAAGUUGAUGAAGAUGAAGAAAAUAAUGCAGAAGAAUUAAAUGAAGAUGUUAAAGAACCGGUGAAAUUAUCUAAGAAACAAAGAAAAGAAGAGAAAAAACGACAAAAAUAUGAAGCAGAGCUUCUAAGUGCUGAAGCACCAACUGCAGAUGAUGCAGAAGAUGAUGGUGAAUCAAAGAAGAAAGGCAAAAAGAACAAAAACAAGACAGAAAAAGUAAAUGACGAAAAUGUACCUCUCGAUGGUAAAAAUAAGAUUAAAAAGCGUAAAAGGCAAGAUACUGUGACAAAUCCAGAAGUUGUUGAGAAUGGAGUAAUGACUAAAGAGAGUAAGAAAAAAAUAAAGACUGAAGAAGAGGCUGAAGAAAGUAUUUGUCUUCAUGACCAGAAUGUUGCUAAAAGUGAGGAAACAGAAGAAAGAAAAAAUGGUAAAUUCAAUUGGCAUGAAGUUAUAAUAUCUGUUCUACAGAAGAAAGGCAAUGAGUUGCCAUUCAAAAGGCUACAAAAGAAGGUCUUGGGUGAAUAUUCUGAAUACACUGGUGAUGAGGUUGAUGAUAGAAUUGCUGAUAAGUUUAUAAAGAAAUUGAAGAGUGCUCCAAAUGUGAGGGUUGAUAAAAACAGGGUUAUGCUAAUUGAAGAUUAGAAGGACUUUUAAUAAAGAUUUUCUUUGAACAUAUAAAGUAAAAAAAAAACAUCCUGCACUGCCAUAGAGGGAAUAAUUAUUAUAUUAUUUGUCUAUUGACCACCCUUAAUACAGAUGAAUGCAAUAACAAUGUAGGAAAUCCAGAAUAAUAAUGAAUUCAGUUUACUUGCUGUAUUCUAUACUUGAUAUUUCCUACAUACAGUGUAUAUUUUUUGCAACCAUCUCCUGUUUCGUAAAUGGUGCAACUUUUAAACACAAAAUAAAUGAUUAUAUAAUU